CACUAAACCCAGAUCUUCCUAUGGAUGAUAGCAGAGUCAUCGCAGCCGGUGGGGCCAGAAAACGGAAGAAAUCUAGGAAGAAUCCACAACCUACUCCCUCCAUUAUUCCCGCUCAGGAGGCUGCCCCUUCCCAACCGCUUCCAGAGCCUCAGUUAAUUCAGCAGGUCCACCAGGACCAACUCGAGGCCAUGCUGGUCGACGACCGGUUCGGCUCUGAUCAACUACAUCAAUUUUCUCAGCAUUUCGACUCCGUUCGGGGGGAACCUUCGAAUGCUGGUGAGACCCAUACCGACCAUAUUACGGGUCAGGUCGAACGGAUCUCCCUAUCCGACCCUGUCCAUGAGGUAUUAGAGAGGGCCGGCUCUACCGCGAGCCAGAUCUGGUCGACCUCCUCUUGGUUCAACAACUUUUCCCUUCCUCAGUUGCCGGUCGAGCAAUCUGAAGAAUGUCUGGCCCUGACCGCUCUGAAGAUGGGUUUGUACACCCUUCAGAUGCGGGACGCCCGUCUGGCCAAGGAGCGGAAACUGAUUGUCGCCCAAUCUUCUGCUGAGCAAAAUGCUGCUGCAGCCAUCACUUCUCUGGAGGCCGAACGGAGGGCCUUUGCGGAGGAGAAGCAGAGGCUGGAUGCUGAGCUCGGCACCCUCCGGGUCCAGCUUGCAGCUUCCCAGGCCAAGGUCCUUGCUGCUGAGGCCGCACAGGUUAGAUUUGAGGAAAUGCCAUCCAGCAUCCCGGACGGUCCCUAUGAAGUGAACGUGGAUCUGUCCGCCGUCCGGGAAACAUUGAAAUCCUCUGAUGAAUUCUCCAUCAUCAAGGAUGAUCAUGCAAGGGCCCAAAUCCCGUUCGCCUUUGGGGCAUACUUGAAGGGUUUCCCCAAAGGGGCGGGUCGGCUAUCGGCAGGGGUGGCCCUCUUGGACAAGGACCCCGAGGCCAAAAAAUGGAACGACUCCAUUGUCUCAGACCUCUAUGGCAAAAUUGGCCAGGUCUUGCUGCGUCCCUUCGUUGCUCAACUUCAAGAUAAUCUAGGGAGGCCGGUUCAGGCUUCCGAUCUUCCCCAAGAUGACAUCAUCCAGGCUCAGUUCGAGAAGUUUUCUGCGAGCCUAGCAACGAGAAGUCGAUCGGGUUGCUGGGAAGGAGCCUGAGCCCCUGUCUGAUGAUAAUGAGGACGAGGACGAAUAGGGAGAUGAAAUGGCCCCCGGCCAAUAAUUCAUAUGUACUUUUUUCAUUCUUGUUGUAAUUUUCUUUUUUCCAAGUAGCUUGUAUUUCCC